AUGGAAGGGCCCCUCUCCUCUCUCUGAGCAUUUGCCUUUUUUUUUUCUCCCCUCUCCAGAAAGGAAGACGGGAAAAAGGGGCAGGCGACUCGCCGGGCGUGUUCCCCCUCCUCCGCCGUGUCCCCUCGGCUGCAGGGACUCGACAUGGGACUGCUCCAGGUGUUCGCUUUCGGUUUCUUAGCCCUGUGCGGAGCCCGAGUGCGCGCUCAAGAACCGGAGUUCAGCUAUGGCUGUGCAGAGGGCAGCUGCUAUCCGGCCACUGGCGACCUUCUUAUUGGCCGAGCGCAGAAGCUGUCCGUGACCUCGACGUGCGGGCUGCACAAGCCCGAGCCUUACUGUAUCGUCAGCCACCUCCAGGAGGACAAAAAAUGCUUCAUAUGCAAUUCACGAGAUCCUUAUCAUGAGACCCUCAAUCCCGAUAGUCAUCUCAUUGAAAAUGUGGUCACUACAUUCGCUCCAAACCGCCUUAAGAUUUGGUGGCAAUCUGAAAAUGGCAUGGAAAAUGUAACGAUCCAACUGGAUUUGGAAGCAGAAUUCCAUUUUACUCAUCUCAUAAUGACUUUCAAGACAUUCCGUCCAGCUGCUAUGCUGAUAGAGCGAUCGUCUGACUUCGGGAAAACCUGGGGCGUGUACAGAUACUUUGCCUAUGACUGUGAGAGCUCAUUUCCAGGCAUUUCAACUGGCCCCAUGAAAAAAGUUGAUGAUAUAAUUUGUGAUUCCCGAUAUUCUGACAUUGAGCCCUCAACGGAAGGAGAGGUGAUAUUUCGUGCUUUAGAUCCUGCUUUCAAAAUAGAAGAUCCUUACAGUCCAAGGAUACAGAAUCUAUUAAAAAUCACCAACUUGAGAAUUAAGUUUGUCAAACUGCAUACUUUGGGAGAUAACCUGUUGGAUUCCAGAAUGGAGAUCAGGGAAAAGUACUAUUAUGCAGUUUAUGAUAUGGUGGUGCGAGGAAAUUGCUUCUGCUACGGCCAUGCCAGUGAGUGUGCCCCUGUGGAUGGAUUCAAUGAAGAAGUGGAAGGAAUGGUGCACGGGCACUGCAUGUGCAGGCAUAACACCAAGGGCUUAAACUGCGAGCUCUGCAUGGACUUCUACCACGACUUACCCUGGAGACCCGCUGAGGGGCGAAACAGCAAUGCCUGUAAAAAAUGUAACUGCAACGAACAUUCUGGCUCGUGCCACUUUGACAUGGCUGUGUACUUGGCAACUGGAAACACCAGUGGAGGAGUGUGCGAUGAUUGUCAGCACAACACAAUGGGCCGCAAUUGUGAGCAGUGCAAGCCGUUCUACUACCAGCACCCAGAGAGAGAUAUUCGAGAUCCUAAUAUCUGUGAACAAUGUACCUGUGACCCAGCUGGUUCUCAGAAUGGGGGAGUUUGUGACAGUUACACUGAUUUUUCUGCUGGUCUCAUUGCUGGUCAGUGUCGGUGUAAAUUAUACGUGGAAGGAGAACACUGUGAUGCUUGCAAAGAAGGCUUCUAUGACUUAAGUACUGAAGAUCCAUUUGGUUGUAAAUCUUGUGCUUGUAAUCCUCUGGGGACAAUUCCUGGAGGGAAUCCUUGUGAUUCUGAGACCGGUUAUUGCUACUGUAAGCGUCUGGUGACCGGACAGCAUUGUGACCAGUGUCUGCCAGAACAUUGGGGUUUAAGCAAUGAUUUGGAUGGAUGUCGACCUUGUGACUGCGACCUUGGAGGAGCAUUGAACAGCAACCAAAAACAGUGGACUUGCAAGAAAGGGGUCAGCAUAGUGGAGCGGCAGUAUAUCCAGGACCGGACUCCUUCCUGGACUGGAGCGGGCUUUGUCCGAGUGCCCGAAGGGGCUUAUCUGGAGUUUUUCAUUGACAAUAUACCAUAUUCCAUGGAGUAUGACAUCCUCAUUCGCUAUGAGCCACAGUUACCCGACCACUGGGAAAAAGCUGUCAUCACAGUGCAGCGACCUGGAAAGAUCCCAGCCAGCAGCCGAUGUGGUAACACUAUACCCGAUGACGACAACCAGGUGGUGUCUUUAUCGCCAGGCUCAAGGUAUGUCGUCCUUCCGCACCCUGUGUGCUUUGAGAAAGGUGUGAAUUACACAGUGAGGUUGGAGCUGCCCCAGUACACCUCCUCUGACAGUGGCGUGGAGAGCCCCUACACACUUAUUGAUUCACUUGUUCUCAUGCCAUACUGUAAGUCACUGGACAUCUUCACUGUUGGAGGUGCAGGAGACGGUUUGAUCACCAACAGUGCCUGGGAAACCUUUCAGAGAUACCGCUGUCUGGAAAACAGCAGAAGCGUUGUGAAAACUCCAAUGACAGAUGUUUGCAGAAACAUCAUCUUCAGCAUUUCUGCCCUGUUACACCAGACAGGCCUGGCUUGUGAAUGCGACCCUCAGGGUUCAUUAAGUUCCGUCUGUGACCCCAGCGGAGGCCAGUGCCAGUGCCGGCCCAACGUGGUUGGAAGAACCUGCAACAGAUGUGCUCCUGGCACCUUUGGCUUUGGCCCCAGUGGAUGCAAACCUUGUGAAUGCCAUCUGCAAGGCUCUGUCAAUGCCUUCUGCGAUCCCAUCACCGGCCAGUGCCACUGUUUCCAGGGGGUGUAUGCUCGGCAGUGUGACCGCUGCUUACCUGGGUACUGGGGCUUUCCAAGUUGCCAGCCCUGCCAGUGCAAUGGCCAUGCCGACGACUGCGAUUCAGUGACAGGGGAGUGCUUGAGCUGCCAGGACUACACCGCAGGUCAUAACUGUGAAAGGUGCUUGGCUGGUUACUAUGGUGACCCCAUCAUUGGGUCAGGAGAUCACUGCCGCCCUUGCCCUUGCCCAGAUGGUCCUGACAGUGGACGCCAGUUUGCCAGUAGCUGUUAUCAAGAUCCUGUUACUUUACAGCUUGCAUGUGUCUGCAGUCCUGGAUACAUUGGCUCCAGAUGCGAUGACUGCGCCUCGGGAUUCUUUGGCAACCCCUCGGAUGUCGGCGGGGCGUGCCAGCCUUGCCAUUGUCACCACAACAUUGACACAACCGACCCGGAAGCCUGUGACAAGGAGACUGGAAGGUGCCUCAAGUGCCUGUACCACACGGAAGGAAACCACUGCCAGCUGUGCAGGUUCGGUUACUACGGAGACGCCCUGCAGCAGGACUGUAGAAAGUGUGUCUGCAAUUACCUGGGUACCGUGCAGGAGCACUGCAACAACUCUGACUGCCAAUGUGACAAAACUACCGGUCAGUGUUUGUGUCUCCCCAAUGUGAUCGGGCAGAACUGUGACCGCUGUGCACCCAAUACCUGGCACCUGGCCAGCGGGAGUGGGUGCGACCCAUGCAACUGCGAUGCUGCCCAUUCCUUUGGGCCGUCCUGUAACGAGUUCACGGGGCAGUGCCAGUGCAUGCCUGGGUUUGGAGGCCGCACGUGCAGUGAGUGCCAGGAGCUCUUCUGGGGAGACCCCGAAGUGGAGUGCCGAGCCUGUGACUGUGACCCCAGGGGCAUUGAGACGCCACAGUGUGACCAGUCCACGGGCCAGUGUGUCUGCGUUGAGGGCGUCGAGGGUCCACGCUGUGACAAGUGUACUCGGGGGUACUCGGGGGUCUUCCCUGACUGCAUGCCCUGCCACCAGUGCUUUGCUCUUUGGGACGUGAUCAUUGCUGAGUUGACCAACAGAACCCACAGAUUCCUGGAGAGAGCCAAGGCCUUGAAGAUUAGUGGAGUGAUUGGGCCUUAUCGGGAAACUGUGGACUCUGUGGAGAAGAAGGUCAAUGAGAUAAAGGACAUCCUGGCCCAGAGCCCAGCAGCAGAGCCACUGAAAAACAUUGGGAAUCUCUUUGAGGAAGCAGAGAAGUUAACCAAAGAGGUUACAGAAAAGAUGUCUCAGGUAGAAGUGAAAUUAUCUGACACAGCUUCACAGAGUAACAGCACAGCUGAAGAAUUAGACUCUCUGCAGAAAGAAGCAGAAAGACUGGACAACACAGUGAAAGAACUUGCUGAGCAACUAGAAUUUAUCAAAAACUCAGAUAUUCGGGGUGCCUUGGACAGCAUUACCAAGUACUUCCAGAUGUCUCUUGAAGCAGAGGAGAGGGUGAAUGCCUCCACCACAGAUCCCAACAGCACUGUGGAGCAGUCAGCUCUCACUCGAGACAAAGUGGAAGACUUGAUGCUAGAGCAAGAGUCCCAGUUCAGGGAAAAACAAGAGGAGCAGUCUCGCCUUCUUGACGAACUGGCAGGCAAACUCCAAAGUCUAGACCUUUCAGCCACUGCUGAGAUGACCUGUGGAACACCUCCAGGGGCCUCCUGCUCCGAGACUGAGUGUGGCGGCCCAAACUGCAGAACUGAUGAAGGACAGAAGAAGUGUGGGGGACCUGGCUGUGGUGGUCUGGUCAGUGUUGCACACAGCGCCUGGCAGAAAGCUAUGGACUUUGACCGAGAUGUCCUGAGUGCCCUGGCUGAGGUGGAACAGCUCUCCAAGAUGGUCUCCGAAGCAAAACUCAGAGCAGAUGAAGCAAAACAGAACGCUCAAGAGGUUCUGCUGAAAACAAAUGCAACCAAAGAAAAAGUAGACAGGAGCAAUGAGGAUCUAAGAAAUCUGAUCAAGCAAAUCAGAAACUUCUUGACCCAGGAUAGUGCUGAUUUGGACAGCAUCGAAGCAGUUGCUAACGAAGUGUUGAAAAUGGAAAUGCCUAGCACCCCACAGCAGUUACAGAACCUGACAGAAGAUAUUCGUGAACGAGUUGAAAGCCUUUCUCAAGUAGAGGUUAUUCUACAGCAAAGUGCUGCUGACGUGGCCAGAGCUGAAAUGUUGUUAGAAGAAGCUCAAAGAGCCAGCAAAAGUGCAACAGAUGUUAAAGUCACUGCAGACAUGGUAAAGGAAGCUUUGGAAGAAGCAGAGAAGGCCCAGAUAGCAGCAGAAAAGGCAAUUAAGCAAGCAGAUGAAGACAUUCAAGGAACACAGAACCUGCUGACUUCGAUUGAGUCUGAAACCGCAGCUUCUGAGGAAACCUUGUACAACGCCUCACAGCGUAUCAGUGAGCUAGAGAGGAAUGUGGAAGAACUUAAGCGCAAGGCUGCCCAAAACUCUGGGGAGGCAGAAUAUAUUGAAAAAGUAGUAUAUACCGUGAAACAAAACGCAGAUGAUAAUAAGAAGAUUCUGGAUGGUGAACUUGGUGAAAAGUAUAAGGAAGUAGAAAAUAUAAUUGCCAAAAAGACUGAAGAAUCAGCUGAUGCCAGAAGGAAAGCUGAAAUGCUCCAAAAUGAAGCAAAAACACUUUUGGCUCAAGCAAACAGUAAACUGCAACUGCUGAAAGAUUUAGAAAGAAAAUACGAAGACAAUCAAAAAUAUUUAGAAGAUAAAGCCCAAGAACUAGUGAGAUUGGAAGGGGAAGUCCGCUCACUCCUGAAGGACAUAAGCCAGAAAGUUGCUGUUUAUAGCACCUGCUUGUAA